CUCUAUCACAAACAUGUAGUGGCUGAGACCGCUGCGCCACUCGGGAGCUCAAAAGUCCAAAUGUAAUUCGCUUUUCAAAGCCCUUCAAGUUCAAACCAAAAGAGAAAUAAGAUUUCACCUAAUAUUACAUCAUGUUGAUUCCUGUUCGUUUGAAUUUUUGCCAGCCACUUCAAGGUUUAACUAAAUCUAAACAGGGGAGCCCAUCCUUAUCCAUGUAGAUCAGUGGUUAUCAUAGCUUUCUAGACGUCUCGCUGGUGGGGUGCUCUGCGGGGAGGAAGUGAUGCAGGGAAUAUUCCCUUAAUGUCCACAUAAGGGCGAAACACAAAGAAACUGUAAGCCUUUCGUACUGGUUCAUCUGAGUUGUUUGAUUUAGCAGUCAAUUUAAAGUAGAAGUCAGUCGUUUAUGGCGGUUGUUUGCAAACCAGGUGCGUUCUUAUCAGGCGAAAGUCAACUGAAACGCUCGGUUUUGUUUAUGAUGCUGACUAGCUAACGUUAGCUGGCUAUCUUUUUAGCUAUGUGGGGAUGUUUGUGUCGUGUCCUAAGAUAGCAAGCUAACGUUUUGUUUUACUAGCUAAUGUUAUUGGAGUGAUGUACGCGAUUUUCUAGGCAAUCAUUUCUGUUUAAAAGCAUUGCGGUCACUACAAUGGAGCAGAAAAAGAUGACACCUUCAUCUAGAGUGGUCAAUGCAUUCUGAGGAAGUGUCUCCCUCCAGUUUGAUUUGGACCCCCCCUCCUCUCCAUGGUACAGUACCAGCUUCUAUGGUACCAGGGCCAGGCUUCAAAAAGCUGCCAGGCCCUCCACCCUUCUUCGUUGGUGGUGAUGUAGCCUACUGGCCCAAGGGCAUGUUGAGACGUCUCACCAGGCCAGAGCAGAGGCGUCUAGGUGGGGCAGGCAGGGCCUGAAGGAGGGGAGGACAGACCGUGAGAACCAAAGCGAGCGACAUGGGCCAGUGUGUCACCAAGUGUAAGAACCCAUCGUCCUCGCUCGGGAGCAAGAGUGGCGACAAGGAGCCUGGGUCCAAGUCCCACCACAAGAAAUGCGGGGGCACGGGAGGCAGUGGGGGAGGAGGACACAAGGAGGAGCCCAGCUCCCUGAGCAGCAAGGCCUCCAGUGAGCUCAUGUUCAAUGGCACCAAGAAUGCCUUGGAGGUUACCGUGGAGACCACAAUGAUCCCCACAUCGGCCAUGAUGGGGGACCUGAGGAAUGAGGAGCACUCGGUGGCAGAUAGGGAGGGGCCGUCCUUGCUGCGCAUCGAGGAGCUUUUCUGCUGCUACAAGGACCCGCAGGAGGAGUCUAUCUUGGAGGAGGGCAUGGAGAGGUUCUGCAACGACCUGUACGUGGAUCCCGCCGAGUUCCGUGUGCUGGUCCUCGCUUGGAAGUUUCAGGCUGCCACCAUGUGCAAGUUUACAAGGAAGGAGUUUGUAGACGGAUGCAGGGCGAUCAAGGCAGACAGUCUCGAGGGCAUCUGCUCCCGGUUCCCCUUCAUGCUGCUGGAGGCGCAGGGCGAGGAGAACUUCAAGGAGCUGUACCGCUUCACCUUUCAGUUCGGCCUGGACGCUGAUGAAGGCCAGCGCUCGCUGCAGCGUGACAUCGCCAUUGCGCUGUGGCGCUUGGUCUUCACGCAGGACACGCCAGCCAUCCUCGAGCACUGGCUGGAGUUCCUGGGCGAGAACCCGUCAGGUGUGCGGGGCAUCUCUCGGGACACCUGGAACAUGUUCCUCAACUUCACACAGGCCAUUGGGCCGGACCUGAGCAACUACAGCGAGGACGAGGCCUGGCCAAGCCUCUUUGACACCUUUGUAGAGUGGGAGAUGGAGCGCAGGAGAAAAGAAGAGCAGUUAAAGAGGGCAGAGGAGGAGGAGGACAGGGGAUGCACGGAGACAGAUGAGAGCUCUCCCUCCAGUACAGACAGACUUGAAACAGAGGGCGGACGGGGCUCACAGACCUGGGGGGGGCAAUGACUAUAGAAUUCUGGGAAGGGAGGUUGGGGUGGGCGGAGUCUGACCUAAGUGAAUUGUACAUCUGUGAAUCAUUGGAUGACAAAUUGGUAUUACUGUUAUUCCUCUCUCUCCUUUUCUGUUGGGGUGGGCUAGGAUUCGCUUCCACCCUGCUUUAUUUCUGGUUAAUGAAAGGGCUCAAAUAAUUAUUGUUUUAGCACUUCUAUUUAAGUUAUUUGUUUUAUUUUUCUUUAAUAUGUGUUUUAGGUCAUUUGGACUUGUGGUCCAUUUGAAUCUUUCCCCACCCUCCCUAAACUCACAAAACAAGCUCAGUAUAUAAGGUUGCUUUAAAAGCCAGGUGCCAAAAAGCCAUACCCCAAGUCUCAUAUUUUUACAGCUUACAUUGACCUGGAAACACUGGUGAUUUGACCUCUCACCCAAAGACGCAGGCCUAUUAAAUUCUCAUAUUACAUUAAGGGAAAUCUAGUUGUCUGCAAAUAACACCUUAUUACCAGAGCCUGAGCUUUACCUUUUGGGGUCAGUGAAAUCAACUUGAUUUUAAAUAAUGUUUUUAUUUUGGAACAAUAUUUGAGUGUGGAUGAAUUGGGUUGCGUUUUGAAAUGUGGACUAUUUAAAGGGUUAUUCUUGGCCUAUCUAUUGCCUGUAGUUGUGAUGGCCAACCAUGAUUUGUUCAAAGAUGUGGUCGUACUCAAGCGUGCAUAAUGUCCUAAGACUGAGUAAUGUCCUAAAGUAAACAUUUAUUUGACAGUGACAAUACCAAUUACUUCCUAUAAUUUUUAUUUUAUUUAUCUAAAUUAAAAAGUGUUUAGUGCAUUCGGAAAGUAUUCAGACCCCAUCACCUUUUCCACAUUUUGUUACAUUUUGCCUUAUUCUAAAAUUAAUUAAGUUAAUUUAUUUCCUCAUAAUGACAAAGCGAAAAACGUUGUAGAAAUUUUAGCAAUUUGAUUACAAAUAAACAAAUGCCUUAUUU